GGAAACGUGUAAAAAAUGGUAACAGUAGUAUUUAAUCAUUAAAUUGAAAAUCAGCACUCUUAUAAAAGGCCUAUUGAAGGAUGAACAUAUGAACCACACAGCCAUAACUUUCAUUAAUCCCCAUAGUUACUUACAAACUAAGAAGCUAGAUGGAGUUGAUGAAGAGAAGCUUCAAGUUGGAGCUUUUAGGGUUUUUGCUGUUCAAUGUGUUUCUCCUUUGCAUGGCAAAGAAGAACAUCACUACCAUCAACUGGGUUCUUCAAGAAGCGAAUUACACACGGUUGUGUAGCACCAAGUCGAUCUUGACUAUAAAUAGCCAAUUUCCAGGACCGCCCCUGCAUGUCCAGAAAGGUCAGAGGUUGAUAGUCAAUGUUCAAAAUCAAGGGACCUACAAUGUCACCCUGCACUGGCAUGGAGUGAAGCAACCGAGGAAUCCAUGGUCAGAUGGUCCGAAUUUUGUGACCCAGUGCCCCAUCAGACCAGGAGCAAAUUUCAGUUAUGAGCUUAUUUUCUCAACAGAGGAAGGAACCCUGUGGUGGCAUGCCCAUAGUGACUGGACACGAGCCACCGUCCAUGGUCCCAUCAUUGUUCACCCUAAAAAUGGAACCACUUACCCAUUUCCCAACCCUCAUGCAGAAAUUCCCAUUGUUCUAUCAUCUUGGUACAAGGGAGAUGUGAUGGAGGUAAUUGAAUCAGCACUUGCAUCUGGAGGCGAUCCCAAUAAGUCUGAUGCUUUUACCAUCAAUGGCUUACCUGGAGAUCUAUACAAAGAUCUAUUCAAUUGUUCAACAGAUGGGAUAUUCAAAAUAAUAGUGGAGUACGGCAAGACCUAUCUUCUUCGCAUGGUGAAUUCAAUAUUGAAUGAGGAAAUGUUCUUGAUGCUUGCGAAUCACACCCUCACUGUUGUUGGGAUUGAUGGAGCUUAUGUCAAACCCAUAGUUACAGACUAUAUCAUGAUAACUCCGGGACAGACCAUGGACAUUCUGAUCAAAGCAAAUAAGACCCCAAACCAAUAUUACAUGGCAUCGAGAGCCUACGGAGAAACAGCUUAUGACAACACCACCACCACUGCCAUACUCCAAUACAAAGGCAACUAUACAGUUCCAUCAACGCUUCCAUUCCCGGACCUUCCGGAAUUCGAAGACAUUGAUGCUGUAACUAAUUUUACGAAUCAAAUCAAGGCUCUGGCCAGCAAUGCCCACCCAGUAGACGUCCCACAAUCAAUCGACAAACGUCUCAUUAUAACUAUUUCUAUGAACACACUGCCAUGUAACGAGAGUACAUGUACCGGUGCUAACAGGUUCGCGUCGAGUUUGAACAAUGUUAGUUUUCAGGAACCGGCCAUGGAUAUAUUGCAAGCUUACUACCGACAGAUAGGAGGGGUGUUUACCACGGAUUUUCCGAGUGAGCCGCCUUAUGUUUUCAAUUAUACGGCAGAUUCUGUGCCGGAUAAUUACACGACGCCGGACACAGGCACGAAGGUGAAAGUUUUGGAAUAUAACACGAGUGUGGAGAUAGUGUUCCAGGGGACUAAUGUGAUGGGGGUAGGUGAGAAUCAUCCAAUGCAUCUGCAUGGGUAUAGCUUUUAUGUAGUGGGAAUGGGGUUUGGAAAUUUCGACAAUGAGACUGACCCCGCAGGAUAUAAUUUGGUUGAUCCACCUGAAAUGAAUACCGUUGGUGUCCCUAGAAAUGGAUGGACCGCCAUCAGAUUCAUAGCUGAUAAUCCAGGGGUGUGGUUCAUGCACUGCCACUUGGAAAGACAUGCUAGCUGGGGUAUGGAUGCAGUGCUAAUUGUGAAGAAUGGGACCACCACAAAAACGAGUAUGAGACGGCCCCCACGUCACUUGAAUCCUUGUUGAGUUUCUCACAAGUGACUCAUUGAUCUUAUAUUUCAUUGUGGUAGAAAAAGAAGGAAAAUAAGGAUAACAUGCAUAUAUAUAUAUAUAUAUAUAUGUCCAAAUUUGUUGCAAGGCUUUCUUUCAAAUGUUGUUGAUUUUGUUAUGGAUGUUGUUAGUACGUAUUUCUUUGUAUCAAAUUUCUACAAAGGGUAUCAAUAAUUAAUUAAUGUGUUCAAGAUUAUUGUA